AUGGCGUCACUUUUCGGCGGCGUGGAGGGCGGGGGCACCCACUCCAGGGUGGUGCUGGUGUCCGGAGAUGGCCGGAUCGUGGCUGAGACGGAGGGACCCUGCACGAACCACUGGCUCAUCGGCUCCGAGAAGUGCCUGGAGAGGAUCGAGCGGAUGGUCAGCGAGGCCAAGAGCAAAGCCGGGGCCGACCCUCACGUCCCCCUCCGCUCGCUGGGGCUGUCCCUGAGCGGGGGUGACCAGAAGGACGCCAUCGGCAAGCUGAUGGAGGAGCUGCGCCGGCGCUUCCCCCACCUGAGCCAGAGUUACUACAUCACCACCGACGCCGUCGGGGCCAUGGCCACCGCCACCGACCACGGUGGCAUCGUCCUGAUCUCGGGUACCGGCUCCAACUGCAAACUCAUCAACCCCGAUGGGUCGGAGACGGGCUGCGGCGGCUGGGGACACAUGAUGGGCGACGAAGGCUCAGCGUACUGGAUCGCACACCAGGCCGUGAAGGUGGUGUUCGACUGCAUGGACAACCUGGAGUCGCCCCACGACGUCGGCUACAUCAAGCAGGCCAUGUUCGACUACUUCCAGAUCUCCGACAGGAUGGGCCUCCUGACGCAUCUCUACCGCACCUUCGAGAAGUCCAAGUUUGCGGGAUUUUGCCAGAAACUGGCGGAGGGCGCCCAGGCUGGGGACCCGCUCUGCUGCCACAUCUUCAACAAGGCCGGUGAGGUGCUGGCUCGCCACGUCGUCGCCGUGCUGCCCAAAAUCGACAGGCCUGUUCCUGGGGAGCUGGGGCUGCCCAUUGUCUGCGUGGGCUCCGUCUGGAACAGCUGGGAGAGGAUGCAGGCGGGGUUCAUCCGUGUGCUGGCGCAGGCGCGGGAGGAGGCCCCCGGCCACGUCUUCUCCCGGUUCAGCCUCCUGAAGCUGAAGCGCUCCUCGGCGCUGGGGGGGGCCCGCUUGGGCGCCAGGAACAUCGGCCAGGCUCUGCCCUUGGACUACGCCGGCAACGUGGACAUCUUCUACACCCACGUCUUCUAGCCGUGGGCCCCCCCCCACCCUGCCCCGCGGCCCCCCGGGGAUGGAGGAACCCUCCGCCUGCUGGGGUUUGGACAAACGGGUUUUGUAAUUUGGCAAUAAAAAGGCUGCACCGCC